UGGCCAAAGUGUUCGUUCAUACAAUCACAUUGCCGUAAUGCUUAAGCCGUGUGUUUUAACUGUGCUGAUUACGGCAAUGGCGAUGGGAUUGACAUCGUCAACACCAACGUCAACGCCAGCGUCAACACCAACAACAUCGCCAUCGCCCUCGCCUCACAUUUUGUCCACGCGAUCUCUGAGACUGCCAAAUGAUACAUAUCCAUUGGGGUAUCAUCUGCACAUCAGCAGCAACAUACACCUUGGAGAUUGGCGGUUCAACGGAAAUGCCACCAUAGACAUUGAGAUUAGGCGAUCAACAAAUGAAAUUGUGCUACAUGCUAAGAACUUGUCAGAUAUUGAAAUAACGCUAAGGUUGCUGGACAACGACAGGCCUGACGCUUCUGGUGAAGUUGUGGAUGAUGUGUCCCACACAUACGAUCCUCAAGGCACAUUCCUCAUCAUCCAUCCUCGCGAGAACUAUCAGGCCUUUGAGGCCGGUCAACACUAUCGUCUCGAAAUACUCUACUCGGGUCUGAUGGGAAAGCUUCCGCAGGGUUUGUACUGGAUGGAAUAUGAAGAAGAGACUUCAAAUCACACUGUUUACGUGGCAGCCACACAAUCGGAGCCAACCUACGCUCGUCUCAUCUUUCCCUGCUACGAUGAGCCCGCCUUUAAAUCGAACUUUACAAUUAGUUUGACCCACAGCAGCACACUGAUGUCUGUAUCCAAUAUGCCUGUGCAGCACAUGACGAAUCAUGGCGAACUGACAACAACCACAUUCCAGACUACACCGGUCAUGUCAACCUAUCUGGUGGCUUUUGUGAUUUCCGACUUUGAUCACAUAUCGGAGACAUAUCGUAAUGUUACGCAGAGCCUUUAUUCCUCGCCCACAAUGAAGAACACGGGGCGAAGUGCACUAAAGAAUGCCGUGCUCACGGUAGCCGCUCUGGAGGAUUACUUUGGAGUAAGCUAUUCGCUGCCCAAGCUAGAUCAUGUGGCGCUAAAGAAGAACCAGGGCGCUGCCAUGGAGAAUUGGGGUCUAAUAACAUUCAAGGAGAACAGCAUAUUACCCGAGGAUACGUCGUGUGACUAUAGGCAUAUAAAGGACACAUUAAUGCAGAAUCACGAGAUAUCGCAUCAAUGGUUCGGUAAUCUAGUAUCUCCCGAAUGGUGGACCUACAUCUGGCUCAAUGAGGGAUUUGCCACAUACUUUAGCUAUAUAAUAACUGAUUUGCUCUAUCCAAAUCAGAAUGUGAUGGAUAAAUUCUUCAGAGACGAAGCGGAGCACGCCUAUAGCUACAGUAGCUUUCUUGACGUGCAUCCGAUGACGUACUACGUGGAGACUGAGAUGGAUAUUAUGAACGCAUUCGAUAUUAUUAACUAUAAGCGAUCGGCCUGCGUUAUAAGGAUGUUUCAUCACGCCUUCCAUCAGAAGACAUUUGUGAGCGGCAUCAGUCGAUAUUUGAAGAAAUUCCAAUACAGCGUUGUCAACGAGCUGGAUCUGUUCGAUUCGCUACAGUCAGCCCUCUUGGAGGAUGGACAAUUUCUGCAACAAUCGUGGACUCAAAUGGUUCGCGAAAUAAUGCUCUCUUGGACACACAGCGAAUGGCUGCCGACUGUGUCGGUCGUACGGAACUACGAAAAUAAUACGAUCACCUUUAGACAGCGUUCGAUUCACUCAAAAACUGAACACUGGUGGAUACCCCUCAACUUUGCCACCGCUCAGUCGAACAGCUUUGAGCAGACACAUGUGGAGUACUUUAUGCCGCCGAUCAUGGAGCACACACUCAGCCUAGAGGAGCUAAAUCUGCAGCUAAGCGGACGGGACUGGCUGAUCGUGAAUAAACAGCAGACAGGAUUUUAUCAUGUGCUCUAUGACACGGACAAUCUUCAUGCCAUUGCUCGCCAACUUCAACAGAAUCACACCGUCAUCCAUGCUAGCAAUCGAGCAGCCCUGUUUCAGGAUCUAGCUCCAGUAAUCGAGCGCAAUGAGAUUGAAUCAGUGGAUGUUGUGCUCGAGCUGUUCAAGUAUUUGGAAUUUGAAGAGAAUUUAAUGCCCUGGAAUCAGGUGGCCAAUACCUAUGCGUUCCUUGAGUGCAAUCUAUUUGGCACAGCUUCGCACUCGUUGUUCAAGCAAUUUAUACGACGCUUGAUCAGGCCAAUGUUCCAGCGUCUCUUUCGAAAACAUGAGGCUGGCGAGGCUCACAUGGAUAUUCUGGGACAUGCGGAUAUCGUUAGCAUGGCCUGUAAGGCAGAUUUGCCUGAGUGUCUUGACUAUACGCAUCGACUGGCUCACGAAUAUUUCUUUAAGUAUACCGGCUUAGAAAACGAGUAUCCCGACCUAUAUGCCAUGCACGAUAUACUCCUUUGUAUGGGACUACGUCAUCAGAGCGAUGAGCAUUUCAGUAAAGUAAUCAAUCGGUUGUACGUUGCGGAUAAUGAUACAAUGUACUUUGAUGAUUUGAUCUAUGCGCUGCGUUGCACUCAAAAUCAUCGACAUUUAACGCAAUAUCUAAACGUGCUGAUAGACGAGAACUCCACGUAUUCCAUUAUGAAUGAAAGAGAGACGCUCCUUUAUUUACCCUAUGUGUUCAAGUCGAAUAUGGCAGCCAGAUCCGCAAUCUGGCACUUUAUUGAAAAUAGGUAUAAGAUGCUAUCACGAUCGACUCUUUUUGUACAGGUAUUCAACGAUAUUAGCGAAUAUGUGCCAGAGCAUCGGAAGUCACAUUUUGCAACGCUGCGACAAAAUAUAGAAAUUUAUAUGAAACAGGAGAACAUAAAACCAAAAGAGCCGUUGAUUGACAAAGACUCCAGUCGCGUGGGCAAGAAGAUGCGGACUAGUGAACAAUUUCUCGAAAAGUUCGAGCAUCAGAUACACAACUGGUUGCUCAAGGAAUUACCUCAACCGGACAAAGAAAACAUCUAUGCUGCAUCUCUCAGCAUAGGAAAUGGCUCAAAUCGUCCCGUUAGCAUUUUGAGUACGGCCAGUAGAAUGGUCAAAAGUGCGUUACGGCUGAAUCUGUCAGUGUAGCAUUCGAGUUGUCAUAUAGCCAUUGUUUGUAUGGAAUAAGAUUCUAGCAUUAAAGUUGAAAGUUAACUUAAAUAAAGAUAAACAUUUCAAAAAUUUAAAAA